GGGGACGCGGGGCUCCGGGCCCAGCUUCUCCAUCGCCCAUCGCGCCGCAGGACCGGCCUCCGCCCUCCGCCCUCCGCCUCGACCGCCGCGGGGGGAGCAGGAGCAGGAGCAGGAGCAAGAGAAGAAGGAGGAGGGGCCGGGGUCGGGGCUGAGCCGGCUGCAGUGCGGAGCCCCGGAACCGGGAACCGGGAACCUGCCGCCGCCGCCACCGCCGCCUUCCUGCUGAGAUUGCUGUCUCCUGACAGGUUUGAAGAUGGCUUCUUCUUCCUCCUGUAAUGUAGAAGAAGAUGAGAGCUUAAAGGGAUGUGAACUAUAUGUUCAGAAGCACAACAUCCAACAAAUUUUGAAAGAAUGUAUUGUAAACCUUUGCAUUGCCAAACCAGACCGUCCCAUGAAAUUUCUGCGAGAGCACUUUGAAAAACUAGAAAAGGAAGAAUGCAAACAGAUUUUGGCUCGACAGAAAUCCAAUUCUCAGUCAGAUUCCCAUGAUGAUGAAAUUUCUCCACCUCCUCCAAAUCCGGUCGUUAAAGCCCGCCGAAGAAGAGGUGGUGUGAGUGCUGAGGUUUACACCGAAGAAGAUGCUGUCUCUUAUGUUAGAAAGGUUAUUCCAAAGGACUAUAAAACAAUGACUGCCUUGGCAAAGGCGAUAUCUAAGAAUGUACUCUUUGCUCAUCUUGAUGAUAACGAGAGAAGUGACAUUUUUGAUGCCAUGUUUCCUGUUACCCAUAUUGCUGGAGAAACAGUCAUACAACAAGGGGAUGAAGGAGAUAAUUUCUACGUAAUUGAUCAAGGAGAAGUUGACGUGUAUGUGAAUGGAGAAUGGGUCACCAGCAUUGGAGAAGGAGGCAGUUUUGGGGAACUUGCCCUGAUCUAUGGCACCCCAAGGGCUGCUACGGUCAAGGCCAAGACAGAUCUCAAACUUUGGGGAAUUGACAGGGACAGCUACAGGAGGAUUUUAAUGGGCAGCACACUGAGGAAACGGAAGAUGUAUGAGGAAUUCCUAAGCAAGGUCUCCAUUUUGGAAUCAUUGGAUAAAUGGGAGCGACUGACAGUGGCUGAUGCACUUGAACCUGUCCAGUUUGAAGAUGGAGAAAAAAUUGUCGUUCAGGGUGAACCAGGGGAUGAUUUCUUCAUUAUUACGGAGGGCACAGCUUCUGUCCUUCAGCGCAGAUCUGAUAAUGAGGAAUACGUAGAGGUCGGAAGACUUGGACCGUCAGAUUACUUUGGAGAAAUUGCUUUGUUGCUCAACCGACCUCGGGCCGCCACCGUGGUGGCCCGUGGUCCCCUGAAGUGUGUAAAACUGGAUCGUCCUCGCUUUGAACGGGUGCUCGGCCCAUGUUCUGAGAUCCUGAAGAGAAACAUUCAGAGAUACAACAGCUUCAUUUCUCUGACCGUUUAAGAAACAUCAUCUGGAAUUGCCACCUUUGUGUUCCUUUGUGCCCGAAAAAAUUUGACCCGUGCUGUUUCCCUAGUUGUUUGAGAAAAUGAGAUGUGCAUUUUUUGUGAAAUAUUAUGUUACUUUCUGAUGUACUGGGUAUAAAUUCCAUUUUUGCACACCAGUGAAACAGGGAGACAACUGUGUGGAUGAAACUAGAUUUUCAGCAUCUUGAUGAAUUGUAAGAUUUUUGACUCAUAUAUUGGCGGAUAAAAUACCCACCUUCUGUAUUUCAAAACCUUUAUGAAAAUUACAAGACAAAAUGCCAGUGAAGGUCCUUAUAUUUUAGCUGAAUUUCAUGAGGCAUUCAGGUCAUUUUCCCUUUGCCUUUGAGUGGAAAAUAUUUUUAAAUGGCUACGGACUCUGGUUUCUAAAAUACAUGUGACAGUAGUCAUUAGCAAAUUUAUAACGAGAAAGGUGAGAGAAUCAGUCAGUUGCAUUGAUUGAGCACUUACCGUUCGUGCGGAGCACUCUGUACUAAGCACUUGGGAGAGUACAAUACAACAGAGUUGGUAGACACAUUCCCUGCCCACAAGGAGCUUAUGAUCUAGAGAAGGAACACUGGAGUGCUAAAACAUCAAGUCCUGGGUCAUUCUGUUUGUUAUUGAAACUUGCAAUCUGCUUAGCAACUCAGGGUUGCGAAGGAGAGCAUCUAAGAGAGGAAUCAUUUUUCAGGAGCGUCCAAGUGUCACCAACUAAUAAUGUCUGUAAGUGGGAGAGAAAGAGAGAAAGAGGAGCUACUGAUAUCACGUUUUCACUUCGCCAUGUACUUACACGAAGACAUUACAGGUGAAGUGUAGGGAUUGGGUAAAACCAUACUUGUAUAAAAGGCUGGGUCAUUUAGAUGUUUAUGUCUUCUACCAUAAUAUGGACAUUUACAAAGAUUGAAGAGGUCUAAGUGCCUGGGCUCUGGGAGCAGAGAACCAGGGACCUGAAACCAGGACUCCAGCCUUAAAAAAAAGAUGGGUGCUGCAUAGAGGAAAUCAUGAGAGGGGCCGUCCCUCCUCCAAGAUUUUAGGACUGUUUCCAUACCCAAGACUCAUUCACCCUCUUCUUUCCUUCCCCUCAUCUUCCUCUUUCCUUGAUUCCCCCCUCAGAUAUUUUUAAGUGACAAAGCGUGUUUCCUUGGGAUGGUUUUAAGAGUUGUAUAAAGUGGGUUUCACAUCUCUCUGCUUGAAAGAUCACACAGAAAAGGUGUUGGAAAUGUUUAACAGCAAUUCAAUAUUUCAAGUAAUGGAUCAAUUAUAAAAUGUUGGAGCUCACUUAGCUCAUUUGAAACUCAGAGCGUAGUUAAGUCCAUUAACUAUGUUUUUUUUGCCUGAUUAUAUUUUUUUUCUGUCUCAAACACCUGUUGCUCUUAUUUUGAAAAGUAUCAUAUUAGCCCUGUUUUGGAAUCUUCUAAAAUUGGGAAUUAUGGGAACAGUAUCAAAUAUUAACCCAUGAUAAAAAGCAGCCUCUUCUGUCUUAACAACUGAGGCAAUUUUUUAUUGAUUUGAACAUCUUUCUGCCUUUUAAAAAUAAUAAAUUAUUACCUUUUUAUCUCAUCUCCAGAGAUGUUACCAUGCAACUGCAGUAAGAUUCUUUAUGUGAGGCUUCAUGCAUGUGAAGUAAUGCAGUGAACCAAAUUACGUUCUGGGACAUAGACUCCAGAAAUUGUUUUUUAACUAUCUAAGGUGAAAGGUCCUUUUACAUACAUGAACUAAACAAAACCAAAAUGUAAAAACAAAUAAACUCCUGUGUUUUCUCUACCAGCAGGUUUUUAGUCAUUUCAAGAUAUUUUAGAUUAUUUUUGGUGGUUUCUUGAGUUAUAUUUAUUAUUUAAUAUUAUGCUUUAGAUAUUUCAUGUAUUAUCCAGUAUAAACAGAGAAAAAUGGGGGGUUUUUGACAUUUUCUUGACAAUCCAUCGGACGAGUAGGUAUUUACAGACUCAAUCAUCUGCACAGACUAUUACAUUAAAAUCUCUUUAUAACUACUCUAAAGUAAAAACCUAUUAAACUAAAUCACUUUAAAAUGUAAUAGAGCAGCAAAAUGCCCUUCUGGUCACAUAAUUUAUAGCCAUUGACAAAUUCCAGUUAAAAUUAAGGUUCCAACAUUCUCGGUCAUCAAAAAAGUUAUUCGGGCGAAGGUUUGGCUGAGGCUUAUGGAAAGGACUGAUUCACAAAUAGGUGUCGAUGAUUGGUUUUUCUUUAGAAGAUUAUUAGAAGCCAACUCAAGAUUAGAUGAUUAAUUCUUCAGUGUUAGGGUUUUGAUUAUUGCAUCCUUGGCCACAGAGCUUUGUAUCAGGAAUUCUUAGGUUCACUCAGAUCUCCCAUAACACAUGUGCUCCCUAUAUACCUUUUGGCUAGAAAUGCUGCUGGGGCAUUAGGGAAUGUUCUUCCCACAAGGGAGAAUCUUAUGAAUCUGGGUAGAUGCCAUGCAGAGUCAGAAGGAACAGUAUAUGCAUGCCCAUGGUGUCAGUCAGAAUUCACAUAAUCUGUGACUUUUCCUUAACUCAUCAAGAAUGUAGCCUCCUGCGUUAUAGGAGAACUGACUGUACAAGAUCCUACAAAUCGUUUCCUUUAGCUUGGUUACAUAAGGGCUGUAUUUUCUUUGCUGGAUUUUGCCAUCUUCAUCUUUCGAGUAGAUUUAUGCAGUCUGUUUUUUAAAAAAAACAUUGAGGUCUUCAUUUCAGCAUUCACAUAAUAUUUACCUGUUGUGUUUUUGCUUCUGUAUUAGUAAAAUGAAACAAAGCAACAAAUCUUGUGUUUGGUGUAAUGUGUGGGAAAACAUUUGAUUGUUACUUAAACUUGAAAGUGCUUAUCUUGAAGUUUAACUCCUGCAAUUGUUCUGUGAGCUAAACCAUACAUAAAGAUCGUGGAAACCAGAUUUGAACUCUUGUGUGAAGAAAAAUAAAAUCAUUGAAGACUGAA